AAUGUAUUUGAAGUGUGAGGCGGGUAAAAGAAAUAGGACGGCACCCACUUGAUUUAUGGUGAUGGUCGCUGAAAUGAACGGGUAUCAGGAGAAGACUGUUAGCUUUGCUGGUGAAACUCUAAAGCUAGAUAAAGCUGCUGAUGCGAAGGAUAUUGUCUCGGCACUUUCUUCUAACAUAGACGUUGUGUGUUUAAAUCUGAGUGGAAAUACUCUUGGAAUUGAAGCUGCCGAGCCUAUUGGUAUUGCUCUAGAAAAGAACCGCCUGAUACGGCGUUGUUUGUUUAACGACUUAUUCACUGGUCGUCUCAAGUCAGAAAUAGCCCCAGCACUAAAGCAUUUGAGUACUGGUCUCAUGGCUUCUGGAUCUCGGAUAAGUGAAUUAGAUCUCAGCGACAAUGCUUUCGGACCAAAUGGAGUUAUUGGUGUUACUGAUUUACUGGCAAGUAAUACUUGCCAUACUCUAAAGAUUUUGAGAAUGAACAAUCAAGGUCUUGGACAUGAAGGAUGUCGACAUCUUGUCGAAGCUUUAGAGAAAGGAAGACGUUCUUGUGGGAAACAGGGAUUGCUGCUCAAAACAUUUUCUGGGGGAAGGAAUCGUUUAGAGAACGUGGGAGCUGAAAUGCUCUCCAGGGUUUUCUGUGACAUGAAAACCUUAGAAGAGCUUUCCCUCUACCAAAAUGGAAUAGGAAUUCAUGGGAUAGGUGGGGUUCUUUCAUUGGUCAGCAUAAUAAAAUCGAAUCCAAAUCUACGAGUUCUGAAUCUCUCAGACAAUUCUCUUACUCCUCGUGGUGGUGAAGCAGUCGCACGUGCUUUACCCUCAUUGGUUAACCUACAGGAACUUUAUUUAAGUGAUUGUAUUCUUCGAUCAGGUGGUGCAAAAGCACUUGCUUCAGUCUUCGAAGAUUCUAAAACAACGCCAAGUUUAAAGAUUUUAAAUCUAGCUGGUAACGAAAUCAAAUUGUCUGCUGGAAUUAAUUUAGUAUUAUCUCUGGGUAACAAAUUGCAUUUAGAACUAUUAGAUUUAAAUGCUAAUGAAUUUGGUCCUUCCGGGAUUCGAUCUAUAAUUCAAACACUUGAUUCAGUUAGUCUUUUACACACCUUGCCAACAUCGAGCAAAGAAGAAAAUUCAGUGGAUGAAACAAUUGGAGAUGAAUUAUAUCUAUUGGCAUUUGAUGAGGAUCAAGGAUCAGAUGGAGAAGAUGAAGAUGAUGAAAGGAACGAAGAGGACGGUGGUGAUUAUGAUGAGGAAUAUGGUAAUUCUACUGGAAGUCAGUAUGAAGAUGAUGAUGAGCGUGAGAAUUUCAAUGAUACUACUUCAAGUACAAAAGACAAUUCAGGGAUUAAUUUCAGUUUUCAGGCGGCAUUUGAAAAACUGGAGACUAGUGGAUGCUUGACACCUCAAAAUCGUAACUGUCCAACGACAAAAUCUGGACCUUUUGGCAGUCUUCCGUUGGGUUUGUUCUCUGGUAUCUCUCCUCAGAAUACCGACACAACUGAUAUUGGUAUAACUCGAUCAAAGUUAUGGCCAUCAUCAGGUUUAGGGAAUUUAUUCGCUUUCGGUGAUGGAGCGAAUACGAAAAAGAAUUUAUUUUCCCCACCAAUUCUAUCGAAUAAAGUUGAUCAAAUUACUCCGAAAAAAUUAGAUGAAAAUAAAUUCAGACAACUUUUGAACGAAGCACUUUCUGAUCCUAGAAAUGAGAUUUCUAGGAAUCGUAUGAUUGAUUUUCUCGGUUCAAGUGAAUACUUUAAACAACCUCCAAUUCAUCCUAUGAUUAUGUUAUGUUCACAAACAUCAUCACCAGAGAAUGUUGUUCGUUUAAGUCUAGAAUUAUCACGUAGUUCACCUUGUCGAACAAGUUCAGUAACAAAUCCUAUAAUGCAAUUAUCUAUUGGCUUAUUAGCCUGUGUAUUCACAGAUGUGUAUAGAAAAUAUUCAACAAAUGAUACUAAUCGAACAAGUUGUGCUAUUAAUUGCCUUCUUAUUCAUUUAGGCGCUAUAAAAGCAGAAAAAGAUGGAGAAGAUUGGAUGAAUUGUUCACCUAAUGCUAUAAAAACAUCUAUACAUUAUUAUCUAAGGUUAACUAAAACUCUAAUCGAUUAUUUUGGACCUCAAUUAAUACCUAGUGUAUGCAAUUGUUUAACACUAUUCUUAUCUAAACAACGUGAAAAAGAAAGUCAUUCAAAACAAUUAACCAAUCAUAGUAAUACAGAUAUCGAGAAAUCUUCAGAUUCUAUUCACCUACGAGAUGAUAUUAUCAACUCCUUAGAAAAUCAGUUAUCAUCAAUGAAUUUAAAGUAAUAAAUGAGGUAAUAUAAUGAGAAUGAAUAAAUCACUUUAAAGUUGAUUUAGUUUAUAUGUUCAUAAAUGAAUAACACCAGCAAUAAUUAACAGAUUAGGAGAGAAUAAAAAGAUAUAUUGUGUUCACUAUUGGAUUAUUAGUUUCUUGUCUUAUAUAAUUCUGUAUAUAAAUAAAUAAAUAAAUAAAAUUUAUAAAUCCAUUAUUCAAUUUUGCCUAUCGUUGUGCCUAGCUUAAUUACAACAAUGAACAAGUUUUACUUGGUUCAAAUAAAUAUUUUUUGAAGAAAAAAAGUAUCCAAAUGUGUUGAUGAGCUUAUUUGUGUAUUUCAUAACCUGUCAAAUUGUUUAUGUAUCAUGCUCUUAAGAAAGUUCCAUG